AUGGCAGCCUUCCGUCUCUUCUUUCUUCUUUCCCUCGCCACCAUUAUCUCCCCUUCGUUCUCCCGUUCCCUUUCCCAAAGCCCAACCCCUACCCCAAACCAAAACCAGUCUCUUGCCGCUACUCUGCCAGCUCCGAAGCCCGGUCCCAUCGAGUCCAACGCGAGGAACUACACCAAGGUGUGCGACCGCGCCCGCUUCGCCGACAUCGGCCUCGACAUGGAUGACUUCACCUACUGUGAUAUGUCGCUGCCAUACGAGGUGAGGGUGGAGGACCUUAUUGGCAGGAUGACUCUCGCCGAGAAGGUCGCCCAGCUAGGUGACCGGGCUGGUGGAGUCGGCCGGAUUGGGCUUGCCAACUAUCGCUGGUGGUCGGAAGCUUUGCAUGGCGUCUCGGACGUUGGCCAUGCAACGUACUUUGGUGACAUCGUCACUGGUGCAACGAGCUUCCCUACCCCAAUCCUCACUGCCGCCUCCUUCAAUGAGUCUUUGUGGUUAAGUAUCGGUCAGGUCACAUCCACGGAAGCAAGGGCUAUGUAUAAUUUAGGCCACAGUGGAUUGACCUUCUGGAGCCCAAAUAUCAAUCUUGUCAGAGAUCCAAGAUGGGGCAGAGCUCUAGAGACGCCAGGAGAGGAUCCAUUCAUGGCUGGCCGCUACGCUGUCAACUUUGUCAGGGGCAUGCAGGAUGUCGAAGGAUCAGAGGUUGCUAAGGACAUGAACUCCAGGCCCCUGAAGACCUCAGCUUGUUGCAAACACUACGCUGCCUAUGAUGUUGACAAUUGGUUCUUCCAUGAACGAUACUCUUUUGAUGCAAGGGUCACCGAGCAAGACAUGGUUGAGACCUUUGUUCGUCCCUUUGAAAUGUGUGUCAGGGAAGGUGAUGCCAGUAGCAUCAUGUGCUCCUACAAUCUCGUCAAUGGCAUACCAGUGUGCGCCGAUGCUAGGCUAAUGUCUCAGACCAUCCGUAAUGAUUGGCAAUUUAAUGGUUAUAUUGUCUCCGACUGUGACUCGGUUGCUGUCAUGGUUGAAAAUGUCAAAUGGCUUAGUGAUACUGCUGAGGAUGCUGUCGCUCAAGUGAUGAAAGCUGGGUUGGAUUUGGACUGUGGAUACCCCAAAGAUCCAUAUUAUGAGACCUACACUUUGUCGGCAGUGGCCCAAGGGAAAGUCAGGGAGGCUGACAUUGAUAAUGCUCUGAAGAACCUGUAUAUGGUCCUCAUGAGGGUUGGAUUCUUCGACAGCUUGCUGGCCUACGAGUCCCUUGGAGUUAUGGAUGUCUGCACCAAUGGGAACAUUGAGUUGGCCACUGAUGCUGCCAGGCAAGGAAUGGUCCUUCUGAAGAACAAUCUCACAUUGCCUUUGGACGCAAAGAAGCUUGGCCUUGUUGCUUUGGUUGGUCCCCAUGUCCAAACCACCAAGACUAUGAUUGGAAAUUACGCAGGCGUACCCUGUCGAUAUACAUCACCCUUUGAUGCUAUUACAAAAGAGGUUAAAGUUGACUACAAGCAGGGUUGUCGUAAUGUGGCUUGCACCUCCCAAGACGGUAUUGUUCGGGCUGUCAACGCUGCGAAGACUGCCAAUGCCACGAUCAUCAUUGCUGGAUUGGAUCUUGGAGUGGAAGCUGAGAGUCUAGACCGGUCAAAUCUUCUCCUUCCUGGCUUCCAAGCUAAGCUCAUCAACGAUGUUGCAGAUGCUUCCAAAGGCCCUGUAGUUUUGGUGAUCUUAUCCGGUGGAGGUGUUGAUAUCUCCUUUGCUCAGAACCAUCCUAAGAUUGGUGCCAUCAUCUGGGCUGGAUAUCCUGGUGAGGAAGGAGGCCAAGCAAUAUCUGAUGUCAUCUUUGGACACUACAAUCCAGGAGGAAGGCUACCCUUGACAUGGUACAAGAAUGACUAUGUGGACAUUAUCCCCAUGAUCUCCAUGAAACUACGUCCAAUCGAUGAGUUGGGUUACCCUGGUCGAACCUACAAGUUCUUCAAUGGCACUGUCCUCUACCCCUUCGGCUAUGGGCUCAGUUACACUACUUUCGAGUACAGCAAGCUCAACUACGAGACGAGCUCCAUCACUAUUAACAUCAACUCCACGCAGUAUUGCAAGCCGCUCUCCAUGAAGCCCAACGCCACUGCUCCACACUGCCCAGCUGUCGAUAUCACCAGCUUGCCAUGCGACGAGGAGAUCACCUUCGACGUCGAGGUCGCCAACACAGGCAAUAUGGAUGGCAGCGAAGUCGUUCAGGUGUACUUCAAGCCUCCGCCGGAGGUCGCUGAUGCCCCUCUGAAGCAGUUGGUGGCAUUCCAGAGGGUGUUCGUGCCGUCGAAAGGAAGAAGUAAGCUGAGCUUCAGCCUAGAUGCCUGCAAGGCAUUGACCUUGGUGGAGAAGACGGCAUACGUUGUGGUGCCUUUAGGGAAGAGCACCAUUGUGAUUGGCAAUGGCGAUGGCGAAAUUUCUUUUUCAGUGGAUGUCAAGCUCCAAAUUUAG